GUGAUGGAGUCGGGCAGUGGUGGUGCUGGCUGUUGCUGCUGCUUCUUGUACUACGCGUACGGCAGCAACCUGCUGCGGGAGCGGCUGCUGCUGAGCAGCCCCUCGGCGGUGCUCUGCGCCGUGGCGCGCCUGCAGGAUUUUAAGCUCAAGUUCGGCCAUCACCAAGGCAGGACAAGUUCUGUCUGGCAUGGAGGUGCAGCUACCAUUGUUCAGAGCCCUGGAGACGAAGUAUGGGGAAUAGUGUGGAAAAUGAACACUAGCAAUUUAAGUUCACUGGAUAAGCAAGAAGGAGUUGAAGAUGGCAUUUAUGUCCCAAUAGAAGUUAAUGUCCACACUCAGGCAGGAGAGGUACUGACCUGUCGAAGCUACCAGAUGAAAGACUGUGUCUGUGGUUCCCCUUCUCCUCAGUAUAAAAAGGUUAUCUGCAUGGGUGCAGAACAGAAUGGCUUGCCAGCUGACUAUCAAAAGAAAUUAGAAGCUAUUGAAACUAAUAACUAUGCAGGGCCGGUGCCAAUCAUGGAAGAGAUUGAAGCUGCUGUUAAAGCAAAGAAAAUAAAUUCUGCAUAGAACACCUCUGCACUUGCUUGGCCGUUCACCUUGAUUUAGAUACCUCUCCUUCACCUUGAUUUAGGUACUUCUCCUUACUGUGCUGAUCAGCAGUUUCUUUAUUUAUCAAGAAAAUUUGAGUUUGCUGUGUACCUACAGUAAGCCAUUAGACAUAAUGUGCAUUCUGAAGACACACUGACAUUGGUAACUUCUUCGCUUUGGAUGUAUAGCUUGAGUACAUGCUGAAGUUUUUGCAGAUUUAGAAAUUAAUUAUCUUUCUGUAAUUGUCAUGCAGUGCUGCAUGCAAACUUGUGCUUCACGUCCUGUUUACUGACCUUUUUAAAAUAAAAAGGCCAUCUUGAUGAGUACUGGCAUCUGUUGCCUUCUGAGGAAUAAGGGCUGCAGGAUCAGGCCCCUUUUUCUUAAAGGCUGUAUACACAGUUAUCAAGAAUUUCAGAGAUUUGUUAGAUGCAAAGUAGAGUCAAAACUCUAAACUAAGACUCAACUUUUUCCUCUGCUGCUUCUCUUAAUGGUUUAAAGCCCAACCUAUCUGAAGCUAUAGAGUUCCUGUUUGUUUAUAUAGUUAACAAAGAAAUGUAAUAUUUUUUUAACUAUCUCCAUGUUUUUAAGUGUUUGUCCAAAAGACAACCUAGGCCUGAAGACAACAUUCAGCAAAGGAUCUCGUUCAAAGCAUAAUGGCCUCUUCCUUUCUAUGUCUAGUAACCAACUUCAGGUAUAACCAACAGAUUUUAAAGUAUUCAUUUUAGUUAGACAGUUCCAAGGGGUUUUUUAAUGACCUUUUUGACUGGCUUGUUGCUUAUCUUGGCCAUGUCCAGCGAAAUCAGGAAGGCUGUGAGUCCUAGUGCAUUUGUUCCAUGGUUUUGUUUGUCAAACCCCAGAACAACAGACUUGCACACCCCCCCUUUCCUGCUUUGACAAUCUUCUGCAAAACUGGAAGCUCUUGGGAGGCUUGGAAUACUUAUCUUCAUGGUAUUUGGCAACCCCUGUAGUUAGUCUGGAGGGGACAAGAUAAAAUGGACAACCUGGAAGGUGUCAAACAACUGAACUUUGAGUCAUUUUCUGUACAGUUUUUUUUUCUUGAUGUACAGAGGGAUGCAAGAUAUAAUUGGUGUCACUGUGUGACUGCAUAGAUAAACAAAUGAUAAAGUAACAGACUUACCAUGUCUUCUGUGCAUAAAUUUGUUCUGCAGACUUCUGCCAGGGAUGUAUAGGUGCUGUCCGGAUGUCACAUGCCCAUUUCCAGAGUAGGGCACAGUGACUACAGUAAAAUGUGGUACUUUCUGUAUUAAAACUGUCUACUCUGAAACUAAGUAAAUAAAAUUGUGAUUACC